AUGGCGCUCAUUGUUGCGGUAGUCGACAGCCGAAGGCAAUACGAGGAAGUGGAUAGGAAGGAAGCCAUCGCCUCCUUGGCUCAGUUUGAUCAUUUCGCCCGGACUCACUACGUGGCCGAAGCCAUCGGUCUCGCUGCACGGCGGAAGCUUAGUGAACAACACCCCUUGUCCGGACUUUCGAACAGAGUGUUGUACGCAACCUAUGGUCCCCGCCCUCUCGGCUACGAUGCCUUGCUCGCUCCGGGUGAGGCUAUCGACAGCUGGUUUGGCCUGUCCGCCAAGGCCGCUGAGAUCUACGCAAACACGACGUACUUCAAUGGUUUCUCCGGGGCCGUGCAGGCCAACUACUUUUAUGCCAACCUCAGGCGUCGAGGCCUGAUCGACAGUCCAGGUCCGUCGCUGAAGCAAUAUCCCUUCUUCGAAGACGCCGCACUAGUCUACGACGCUAUCCGAGCGUUUACAGGCACAUACUGCGAAUCGUACUACGAUCCGGCUGAUUCUGACGCUCUCGACGACGACCCCGAGCUCCAGGCAUGGAUGACCGAAGCAAUCGCGGCUCAAGUCAUCGACUUUCCAACCCCGUCUACCCUACGAAACGUCUCGGACCUCGCUGAUCUGAUGGCACACAUCGGGUUCAUCGUCUCCGUCGCCCACCACACGCUCAACACCAAUGAUCUCCUAACCGGCUCGGGCGUGUUUCAAUUCCACACUAGCGCCCUUUGGCAGCCCGUUCCCGAGCAAAAGGGAGUUUACGACGUAGUCCCUUACCUACCAAAAGUCGACGCAGCGCUGGCUACGAUCGACCUAUACGCUCGAUGUUUACGCCCCAAGUUCGUCGGCACAAACCGGACAUUGCUGCACAUGUUCGAAGGCGAAGAGCUGUUGCGGAGGAGCAAUACGGCUGUUCGAGCGGCCAAUGAGGCGUUUCUGAAGUCGAUGAGUGCCCUUUUGUGGAGAAUACCUCGGAGGGAGUAUGUUGCUCCGCUGGAGGCAAAGACGGAAAGCGUGCGGUAG